AUGUCAAUAGAAAAAUAUAUUAUUCCAAACAAUACACUUGAUGAAAAAUCAAAAUUAUUAGCUGACAAAGUGAUUUCAUAUAUUUUAGAUCCAGAGCAAAGAGAAACAGGACUUUCAUUUAUACUAAAUAGGUUAUAUAAUCCAAAAUUUAGUGAAAUAUUAAUACAAAUUAAUCCAAGAUUAUACACACAAUUUCUUGAAUCAGAUGAUUCAUCAUCAUUAACAACAGCAUUAUAUAUUGUUAAUGCUUUAUCUAAAAAAGCUGAAUAUAUUAUUUUAUUCUUAAAAUAUGAUAAAAGAAUAUUAGACUCAUUAAAAGUUUUAUUAAAUUGCGAAAAUGAAUUAAUUUUUAAUAAUUGUUUAAUUAUUCUUGACUCAUUCAUUGAAACAACUAAAAGAGCUGAUUUAGCACAUCAAUUUAUUCCAAUUUUAAUUAAUGAUGCAUCUGUAUUUCCAAAUAAUCGACAAAGUAUUAUAGCAUUUAUGACAAAAGUAUUAGUUUCACCAGAAAGUAUAUCAAUUUAUCUUGAUAAUGAUGGACUUUCUAUGGUAAAACAAUCACUUGAAAAUUCACAAAAUGAAGAACUUCUAGGAGCAGUAGAAAUAAUAUUAAGAAUUAUAAAAUAUAAACAAGAUGGUAAAACAUUAUUAUUUAAAGAAGGAUUUUUGAAAACAUUAACUGAUGUCAUUGGUAGAACAGAUAAUCAAAAUACUUUAGAACGUGCAAUUAAUGUUACUAGUCAAUUAUCUAGUUGUGAAUUUUUUGCAAGUAGUUGUAUUGAUUGUGGAUUAUUUGAAGAAUGUCUUGAUUUAUUAGAAUAUCCAUAUGUUGGAAAAAGUACAGCAAAUACAUUAAUGCCAUCAUUACUUAUUAUUUUUAGAGUUACACAAGAUCAGGUUGGUGCAAAAAAAUGUAGUUCAUUGAAAUUAGCAACAAAAUUAUCUAAAUUACUUUUAUUAGUAAAAGAAUUUCAAGAAGUUAUGCAAGCAAUGUUAUUUGGUAUUAUUACAAAUUUAUUUAGUAAUGAUCAAGCAAGAAAAGAAAUGAUAUUAACUAAAGUUGAUAAAGUUGUUCUUCAAAUUAAUCCUAUUGAACUUCAACCAAAAGGAAAAGCAUUAUGGAUUGUUUGUGUUAAAACAUUUAAUGAAAUGAAAAAACAAACACAAGAAAUUGAAUAUACUCCUACUGAUAUUCAAAGAAUGGCAGAAUAUAAUUCUAAGAAAACAAAAGCUAGACAAAUUACAGAAGAAUUUAUUCAAACUGAAACUAGUUAUACAAAUCAAAUGGGUAUUUGUUGUCGUGUAGUAAUGAAAAGAUUAGGAAAUGUUUUAAAAGAAAAUACAUCUAUUGUAUUUGGUAAUAUUAUUGACAUAGAGAAAUAUCAUCAUAAAUUUUCUAAUGAAUUAGAAAAAUGUUUAUCUCGUUGUAAUGAAGAAAAACUUGAGUUUAUUACUUUUUCUGAUAUAUUAUUAAAAUAUUUCACACCAUCAAUGCUUGAUUUAUAUUGUCAAUAUGCUAAUAAUGUUGAUAUUGGAAUGGCUAAAUUUAAUGAAUUAUCAAGAACAAAUGUAGAUGUUGGAUGUGCUGUUAAAGAAUUAGGUUCUAAAGGACAUUAUGUUCCAAGUUUCUUAAUUCAACCAAUUCAAAGAAUUCCACGUUAUGUUUUGUUAUUAGAGUCAUUACUUAAAUGUCUUCCAGAAUAUUUAGAUGAAACUAAAAAGAUAAAAACAUGUUUAAGUAAGAUUAGAAGUAUUGCUAAUGAAAUUAAUGAAAAUAAAAGAAAAUUUGAAAAUAAAACAGCAAUGGAUUUAUGGAAUAAAAGAAUUGAUUUAUCUGAUUAUCCUAAUCCACAACGUGAUUAUUUUGCUGAAAUGGGACAAGUUUUAGUUAGUGAAAAGAAAAAUGCUACAGUUUGGACAAUGGUUAUUUUUAGUGAUAUUGCUGUAUUAACAAGAAAUACUGCAAAAUCAACUGAAAAAGAAAAAUGGAAAAUAAAAGAGGUAUAUGCUUUAUGUGAUUGGAAAGUCCUUGAAAUAGUUAAUGAAAAAAUUCAAUUCUUUAAGCCUUCAACAAAUACUACAAUUGAAAUUACAUGCAAUAAAUUAAAAGAUACUGAAUUUUUAUCUGAACAACUUAGAAAAGCAAUUAAUACUGCUAAACAAAAUAAAAUGAAAAGAACUUCAAUUACAAAUAGUUAA